AUGAAAAGCAACAAGAAACUCGGUGAUUUUGGCGUGUUUCUGUAUACGGACGCUGAGGAAGUGCCGCCGGCGCCGGCCGCCGAUGAGUCCAAGGUGCUGGACGACAGCAUCGAGUGUUCGCUGCCCAGCUCGGACAGAAUGACCUACCGGUUAAAGCAGCGGUUGGAUUUGAUCUCGAACGGAAGCAGCACAAUGAACGCGGCCGUCAGCUCGAGCAACGUGUACAACUCGACCCCGAUCCAGAAGCAGUUCGAAAUCAGCUCGGAGAGCGUGAGCAAGAUUACGCGACCCUCGGUAGACAACAGCCACCAGGAGGACGAGAAAGAGCACGGCGCCAUCGUGGCGGACAAUUCAACGGCCGGCUGUUGCAGCGAAGGAGCCGGAGCCCAAGAAGGAUGCUCCCGAAACAAGCAAGGAAUCUGUUGCCUCGUCGGUGAAAGAAGAAAACAGUCUGAAAUCGUCGGAGGUCGAUUCGUGUACAGAGGAGACCAACCUGUACGCCAGCAACGCCCAAAUUCAACGGAAUCUCCUCCACGUCAGGAUCCGAGCUAGAAGAUAAAUCUGGCGUGCAGACGCCAGCAAAUGUGACGACCACUGCAGCCUCGACCACAACGACAACCACCGACGCCAACAAGCUUGACCUCACCCAGGCACUGACUUCCGAGGAUGCGCUGUACGAGGUCAGCGUAUGGUU